UUCAAACUGCCAAACAAAGCAUUUCUUUCAAAUUUCAAUCACCAAAAACAAUCCCAAAUUAAGUCUUUUCACUUCUUGAUUCCUAUUCCAAUGGAUGUCUACAUAUCUGAAGAGUAUGUCAACCGCAGGAGAAUGGAGAAAAAAGCUGCAGCUGUUGCCGGAAAGAAUCUGAGGUUCGGCUUUUGUGCAUGCGAUAGACUGGAGAAGAGAAAAAGCAUUCCUCAGAUACCAGAACCUCGGCCGGAGAAUGAGUUUCGGGUCACCCGCGGUGGUGUUUAUGAGAGUUGUGUUUUCCAAUGCUUCUCGCCGUAAUAACCAGAGCGUUCGCGUUUAGUGAUUCAAACGUACGUAGACGCAGUUGCAUAUGCAUGGGCUGUUAUAUUAGCUGUAGCUCUUGUAUUUGUAUUUCUUGGUUUUUAACCUUUUCAUGCUACUAAUAGUGUAUUUAUAGCGGGGUUUUUAAUAACUACGAGUGUGUUUAUC